AUGUCCCACUCAUUCAUCGUCCGCGUCCCCGCCACUUCCGCCAACAUCGGUCCCGGCUUCGACGUCGUCGGUCUCUCACUCUCGCUCUACCUCACUCUCUCUGUGACCGUCAACCCGCCAGCUCCUGGAGAUCCUCCACAUCCUCCACGGCUGCUCUAUACUGGCGAGGGUGCCGACGAGGUUCCGCUAGAUCCCUACAAGAACCUCACCACUCGUGUCGCGCUAUACGUCCUUCGGUGCCAUGGCAUCGCGCGCUUCCCUGCCAAUCUCUCCAUCCACGCCGCGAACGAAAUUCCCUUUGGCCGUGGACUCGGCUCUUCUGGUGCUGCUGUCAUCGCGGGCGUCCUGCUAGCCGAUGCAGUCUGCACACUGAACCUCUCGCGCGAGCGUAUGCUCGACUUCGCUCUCAUGGUCGAGCGCCAUCCGGACAAUGUCACCGCCGCGCUCGUCGGCGGCUUCGUCGGCUCGUAUCUGCGCGAGCUGGACCACAAAGCGGAGGAGGCCGCAAGCGUGCCGCUGAGCGAAGUUCUCCCCGAGUACCCACCUGACGCGGGCGAAGACUGGGGGAUGGACCCGCCCCACCCGCCGCAUGGGAUCGGCCACUACGUCCGGUUUGGAUGGUCCGAAAGCAUCAAAGCGGUCGCGAUCAUCCCGCGCUUCGAGCUCAGCACGGCGAAGGCGCGGGAGGUGUUGCCACUGAGCUAUUCGCGGAAAGAUCUGGUAUUUAAUUUGCAGCGGCUAGCCGUGCUGACCACCGCGCUGGGGCAAUCACCUCCCGACCCCGAUCUCAUCUACGAGGCGAUGAAGGACAAAAUCCAUCAGCCGUACCGAAAAACUUUAAUUCCCGGUCUUCCAGAAGUGACUUCGAGCAUUACACCCUCGACCCAUCCCGGUCUGCUCGGCAUCUGUCUUUCUGGUGCAGGUCCCACUAUUCUUGCGCUCGCGACAGGCGGGUUCGAGGCAAUUGCGGAAGACGCACGUGCAAUAUUUAAACGUCAAGGUAUAGAAGUAGACUGGAAGAGUGAUCCGCUUGCCACUCCUCCCAAAUCGUAUCGUAAUGCACGCGGUGAGACACACAGCUCGUGUCGCUACCAGAGCGCCGGCCGUGCUGACAAUUGGCAGGUCGACAGUGAAGAGGAUGUGACUGCGGUCGCUGUUCAGAUAGACGGGCAGGUUCACCGUUGCGGCGGAUGUCGCAGAGCCUUCUGCCUGCACCCAGCGGAUCUGCGACGGGUUGAGGCGGACGGUCUCGCCAUCGUUAAGCGUAAGCUUGUCCUCAGACCACGCCGCGCCUUCUAG